AGAAGGUCCGUUCUCAUCUCACAACCGACAACCAACGACCAGCGCCGUUCACAAACGCAUAGCACAUCCGCGCCUCUCUCAAACUGGACUCAGACCACGUAUUCGGAAUAGUAAUGCGGUGACUAACUCCACAUUUAUGUUUCAUGGGAUACGAAUAUGACGGCCCAGCUUUUGGCGUCGGAGCUCGCCAACCUCAUCCAAGAGAGCAAACGCAAGCACAACGACUUGCGCCAGGCUACUGAGAAGUCUUUAGAUGAACUAAAAAGUCUAAGGACAUCAUCUGAAGCUCAGACUUCUGAGGAACUUGCCCAACGCCCGAACUUUGUCAACCCCUUCAUUAUCGCCUGCGGCACCAAAAAUGUCAAGUUCACGGGGAUUGCCAUUGUUUGUUUACAGCGGCUCAUUGUAUCUCGAGCACUGCCGAGGUCCCGGUUGAGCCAAGUCCUCGAGGCACUGCAGCAGGCGACCUCGGCCGGCCUCGACGUUCAACUCAAGAUCCUCCAGGCACUCCCCGCCUUGCUCUCCAACUACUCCGCCGAUGUAAAAGGCGAGCUUCUCGUCACAGCCUUGAAUGUCUGCUUCAUCCUACAGUCUAGCAAAAAUGCUAUUGUCAACAACACAUCGGCUGCUACGCUGCAGCAGCUGGUAGUCUCUGUCUUUGACAAGGUCGUUGCUGAGGAUAGAUCUGGCGGCGACUCCCCUGUUGUUGGUGAGGUUCCUGUCCAGGAUGGCACCCUCCCGCUCAAGGCUGCGACCAUGGAUGCAUAUAGGGUCUUUAACGACAUCUGCCUCCUCACUGAAGGUCAGAGGCCCGAAUACCUCCGUGUUUCUGGCCUUCCUCAGACGUUCGGUCUCGAGUUGAUAGAAUCCGUCUUGACGAACCACGCCGCUAUCUUCACCACCCAUGCCGAGCAAGCAAACAUUCUACGGGCGAGAGUAAUGCCUUUUAUUAUCAGUGCCCUGCGCGGCAGGCCAAACUUUGCAACCAGCGUUCGCCUUGUGCGUAUCCUGUACACGCUCCUCCGCCGCCACCUCUCCAUCCUCCCAUCCGAGAGUGGGGACGCACUGGAGAUUUUGACUCAGCUUCUUGACCAAGAUAACACUCUAUGGAAGCGCGCUCUAUGUAUGGAGGUAUUCAGGGGCAUCUUUGCCGAGCACGCGUUACUCCGGCGCAUCUUCAUGCUUUACGAUGGCGAGGAAGGUCAAAAGAGUAUCUUGAAGAAUCUUACCGCCACCUUCGUUCGUGUAAGUACGGAGAAGCCAGCGGUCAUUGGCUUGGGCCAUCAGUCCACCAUUCCCGUUGCCAGUUCCAACACGGGCCCGUCAACCGAUCAAGUUAUGCUCGAGGCGAGCGGAGUGACCGGUAUAAUUUCGGGUUCGGUAAGCUCUGACGGCCACAGCACGGGUAUCAGCAGCCAAUGGAGCACCAUGCGGGUUCCCUGCAUUGACCAACUCGACAAGACGGACGCCCCAACCAUACCGGAGUCGUAUGUUUACAGCCUUACUCUGUCGUGCAUCACGUCACUAUCCGAGGGUCUCGCAAAGUUCAUCCUGCCCUUGACCGUCGCGAGCGAAGGGAGGAGGAAACGAGGCCCGAAACCAGAAGCGGGACGCGAUUCACCCGCCUCUCAGCUAGACGAAACCCCCGAUAAGUUAGAACGGUCUUCAUCGUUCAAGCGGAAUCCAGUCCCGGUAAACCCGUUGACACUAGAGAGUCACCCCCUGUACGCCGAAAUCAGGGUUUGCGCUGCCUUCAUCGACGGGUGCUGGCCCGCUAUCCUCGCAACAUGUUCCACCUUUCUCUACGCUGCCCUAGACUCGGAAUACUACCACGGCCUGGUACGAGCAUUCCAGAAAUUUGCGCAUGUCGCCGGCCUGCUGCAGCUCGCGACUCCCCGGGAUGCUUUCCUGACGACUCUGGGCAAAGCCGCCGUGCCGCCCAAUGUGUUGACCGCGUGCAUGAACACUGGCCCUAACCGCGCCCCACCGAGUCCAUCAGCCACGGAGGGGCCUGGCAACCUUUUUAGCAACGCUCGUGGGUUGUUAAGCGUCGAAAGUCUUGUUAGUCCAUCGUUGCUAGGGGCCGAGAAGCAGAGGCAGCCAUCAAUGGAUGCUAGUGGCGCCACCCUCAAUACCAGGAAUCUGCUAUGCCUGAGGGCACUCCUAAACCUCGGUAUCGCCCUGGGUCCGACACUCGCAUCGUCUUGGAGCAUUGUUCUCGAGACUCUGCAGCGGGCUGACUUUGUCAUGUUCUCGUCCGGUAAGGUUGCCGGAAGGACACCCAUAGCGGCCAAGGGGCCCGAUCCCCAAGCGGAACAGGAGGCCAGUACCCUCCUUGCGAAUUUCGGCACCGAGAUUCGAGCCGUCGAGACGGCGGCCUCGCGGCUUUUUGAGAGCACCGUUGACUUUCCGAAUCCCUCCUUUGUCGAGAUCGUCGGAGCCGUAUGCAACCUGCUCGAGCAUGUCGAACCCCCUUCAGAGGCGAGCAGUCGCCCACAAUCACCCCCCUCUACCGCGGGCCUAAAGGCACCCUCACUUUCUACUAAACGCGUCAUGAGCAUUUCGGCGCCGUCACAACCCACACCAAACCAAGAGAACCAGUUUGCCCUGUCUAAACUUGGCGACCUUGCUUCCAUCAAUAUCGAGAGAAUGUUAGCAUACGAGCCACACGUAUCAGGCUGGGCGCCUCUGGUCGAUGAGCUCAUUAACGCUAUGACUUCGGUGUCCAAUACUGCUCCCGUUAGAGCACGAGCGGCGGAGACGCUGGUCCGCAUUCUUCUCGAGGAAGCAAAUGCCGUCUCGUCCCAGUCAGAAGAAGUACGGGGCCCGAUACAGAGGCGCCUCCUUGAAGCCUUCCGUGACUCUCUUCUUCCUCUUCAGGGACCCGAGCGCCAUGUCUCCAUCACAAGACAUGCCAUCGACGUCGACAUCCACAAGAUCAUUCUCGAGGGGCUCAAGAGUCUCCUCGAAAACUGCGGCGAAUCCCUCAUCAGCGGCUGGGAGGUGACGUUUGAGAUUAUCGACACCAUUUUCAUCGAACGCAAUCUCAGCACCGAAGUAAAACAGGACGGGGUAUCCCAACGGGCUGCCGUCCUGCAUACCCGCGCCGUUAAGCUGAUCCGCCCAUCAUUCGCUUCACUGCAGCUAAUUUGCUCCGACUUUCUCCCUUCCCUACCUAAUGCCUGUUUCCUCAACCUCGUCGAUACCCUGUACAAGUUCUGCACCCAGGAAGAUGAGCUUAAUGUGGCAUUGACAACUGUCACCUUCUUCUGGGCCAUCUCAGAUUUCCUUUCUGCCAACAGCAAGUCGAUGUUAAUUACAGAAGCCAUGAUCCCCGAUUCGGGAGAUCAGUCGCUAGUCAAACUGGCCACACAACCUUCCGUACAAGGUUCAGCCGCGGCAUUGUGGAUGUUGCUUCUCCUCCGGCUCACGUCAGUUGCGGCGGACCAAAGACUGGAGCUGCGUAACAGCGCCAUCCAGACAUUGAUGCGGAUAAUGUCCGCAUACGGUGAGAGUCUGAGCCCAGAAGCCUGGUCAGUUUGCAUGAAGGUAGUCAUUUUCAGCCUCCUCUCGUCCGUCGAGCGCGAGUUACGCGCCGUCGACAGCCCGUCUACGAAGGAUGGCGGCCAAGACGAGUGGAAAGAGACGGCGACCGUCGUAAUUCAAGGAGUUUCGGACCUGUUCGGAUCCCAUCUCCAGCCCCUCACAGCGCACCGAAGCUUCUCGGAGAUAUGGCGGGACCUUAUUGGCCACUUCCGAGCUCUCCUGAGCCUCCAAAUCCUUGACAUCAACGCCGACACGUACGGCGCCGUCCGGGAUAUUCUCCACGCCUGCGCGGAACAAGAAAAAGCUGCCGUGGGCAAGGAGAGCCUUGACCUGGCAUGGGACCUGUGGUCUCAGGGGAUUCCCGUUCCCGGAGACGGCAAGGAUGACAAAUCGUCCGACAACCAGAAAUGUCUCCUGGUCUGGGUGGAAGCACUUCUGAAGCUUUAUGGCUUGAUCCAAGCCGACUUUAGCGUCGAGCGAGUGCGCCGGAUGCUAACGCUGCUCCGCGACGCGAUGCAACACGCAACCCCCGGGGCAUACGCCAGCGAUAUCGAGUUUGUCACGCCGCUGCAGGGCAAGAUUCUCGAGGUUUUCCGCAUGGUCCGCACCGACUUGUAUGGCGUCCCAUCCGCUAUGGUCGCGCAGGUGGCCGAGUUUGUUUCUCUCGCAUUCGCCCGGGAAAACGCGGCCGAGGCAGCAGAGAAGCGCACAUACGUCGCCAUGUCCAAGGAGAGCAUGUCCAUUCUCCAGUCGUUGAUCGUCCACAAUGCUUCGGAGAGGAACGUCUACGAAACGGGGGCGUUCGCCAGCGCGUUGUCUGCCCUGGCCAAACCCGUCAUCCUCAAGUACCGGUUCAAGAUCGUCACUAAGUCGGUCCAGCCGUGGAGGGUGGCGACACAGUCAACCCUGGCUGUCCUCGAGGCAUCGCUUCCUCGACUCCCUGGGUUAGAGCUGCCUCGGGAAACUUUGCAGGACAUUUGGCGCAUAAUCAUUUCCAUGGCCAACGGGAUUAUCAGCGCCGAUCUGACUGCGCCCGCCGCAGAAACCGCGGGCAUAACGGACGACCAAGACUUCGACAUUGCGUCGUUCCGUCAACUGCGUGGCCUCAUCAUCCCAGCACUCGGUGCAGAGUUUGUCCUCGACGACACGAGGAAGACGUACGCCGAGGGUCUGUUCCGCACGUCGAUCGUCCACACCCCCGCCCCGGCCGAAGCGGCCAUCAUCUACGGAAACAGCGGCAACGACGCCGUCGGGCUAGGCGCAUUCUUCAAGAAGCGCGACGGGCGCACCAUCGACCCGACCCCAACCAAGCGGAGCCUCAUGGGGCGGGUAUGCCUUGACGAGCUGUUCUCGCUCGUGCAAGACCACGGCGACGAGACGCCGCCCAGGCCGGAAGCGGCGUCUGCCCCCACCCAGACCCGCGGCCUGCACGUGCGGCUCGCCCGCACCGUGGCGCCGUACCUGAUCCUGCGCUGCGCGCUGACGCUGCGCGGCUACGUGGCCGACCAGCCCCUCCGCGGGCGCAUGCCGCAGCCGCUGUCGCAGCGCAAGGAGCUCGCCCACAUGCUGCGCAGCUUGGUGGCGCUGCGCUCCGAGCCGGAAGCUAUUCCCGAGGUGCCGAACGUGGAGAGCGAGGCGCGGAAGCACCUGCUGCGGCUGUACCCGCUGCUGGUGAGUGCCGUGCAGGUGGCGGGGACGGCGGGGGAUGAGAUGGUGUUGGGGUUGGUGAGGGAGGCGUUGGAUGUGGUGGGAGGGGAGUUUGGUUUGUGA